AUGUCAUUUCAAUUAAGUAUAGCUGGUAAAGCUGCUGCUAUACCAUAUCCAACUUUAAUUGCUGUUUAUUUUAUCAAUGCAAGUGAUAGUGAAGUCUCAAUUCCAGUUGAGUUUAUUGAUGAAAAAUCGGUUGACUCAUCAAAUGCUACAGCAUCUAUUAAAUUAGUUACACCAGGUGGAGAAACUUUCAUUGAUCAAAUUGAUGCAUUAGAUUAUUUAGCUCAAACUUUUCCUGAAAUAUUAAAAGAAAAAUCAAAAUCUCAAGAAUGGGUCAAAUUAGCAAUUGAUAAAUUUUAUUCAAAAAACUUCAAGGAAUUAGCUACUGAUUUAGAAAAAUUAGAUUCUCAUUUAAAUUUUAGAUCAUACCUCAUUGGAUAUCAAAUAACUUUAGCUGAUAUAGCUAUGUGGGGUGUAUUAAGAGCUAAUCCAAUUAUGGCUGCCAAUUUGAAAAAUGAAGUUUAUCCAAAUGUUUCAAGAUGGUAUAAUUUUUUACAAGAGAGUAAUGCAAACUUCGAUAAAUCAGUUGAUUUAUUAAGCAAUUCAUUAAAUGAAUUGAGAAAAUCUUUGAAAAAUGCUAAAACUGCAAAAGGUGGUAAAAAAGAAACUCAUAAAGCAAGUUUUGAAAUUGAUUUACCUGGAGCUAAAAUAGGUGAGGUUGUUACUCGUUUCCCACCUGAACCAUCUGGGUAUUUACACAUUGGACAUGUCAAAGCCGCAAUUUUAAAUGAAUAUUUUGCUCAUGCUUAUAAAGGUAAAUUGAUUAUUAGAUUUGAUGAUACAAAUCCAACAAAGGAAAAAGUUGAAUUUCAAGAUGCAAUUAUUGAAGAUUUAGCAUUGUUAGGAAUUAAAGGUGAUAAAAUAACUUAUUCAUCUGAUUAUUUCCAAGAAAUGUAUGAUUUAGCUGUUCAAUUAAUCAAGCAAGGUCAAGCUUAUUGUGAUGACACUCCAUCUGAAAAAAUGAGAGAAGAAAGAAUGGUGGGUGAUGCAUCAGCUAGAAGAGAAAGAUCAAUUGAAGAAAAUUUAAGAAUUUUUACUGAAGAAAUGAAGAAUGGUACUGAAGAAGGAUUGAAAAAUUGUUUGAGAGCUAAAAUUGAUUAUAAAGCUUUGAACAAGGCUUUAAGAGAUCCAGUAAUUUACAGAUGUAAUUUAACUCCACAUCAUAGAACAGGAACUGAAUGGAAAAUGUAUCCAAUAUAUGAUUUCUGUGUGCCAGUAGUUGAUGCAAUUGAAGGAGUUACUCAUUCAUUAAGAACAAAUGAAUAUAGAGACCGUAAUCCUCAAUAUGAUUGGAUACAAAAAGCAUUAAAUUUACGUCAUGUGGCCAUUUGGGAUUUUGGUAGAGUCAAUUUUGUUAGAACUUUAUUAUCUAAAAGAAAAUUACAAUGGUUUGUUGAUAAAAAUUAUGUUGACAAUUGGGAUGAUCCUAGAUUUCCAACUGUUAGAGGUGUAAGAAGAAGAGGUAUGUCUGUUGAAGGUUUAAGAAACUUCAUCAUGUCACAAGGUCCAUCUCAAAAUAUUAUUAAUUUAGAUUGGUCAGUCAUUUGGGCAUUAAAUAAAAAAGUCAUUGAUCCAAUAGCUCCAAGAUUUACUGCUAUUGAUUCAGACAAUAUGGUUCCAGUUAAAUUAUUAAAUGGUCCAAAAGAACCAUAUUCUGAAACUAAACCAAAACACAAAAAGAAUCCAGAUGUUGGUAAUAAAGAAGUUAUUUUCUCAAACCAAGUCCUUAUUGAACAAGAAGAUGCUGAUUUAACUGAAAAUGAAGAAGUAACAUUUAUGGAUUGGGGUAAUGUCAUUAUUUCAAAAGUUCAUAAAGAAGGUGAUGUUGUUAAGUCAAUAGAAGCUAAUUUACACUUGGAAGGUGAUUUUAGAAAGACAUCCAAAAAAUUAACUUGGUUAGCCGAUACAAAAGACAAAAUCAAUGUUGAUUUAGUUGAUUUUGAUCAUUUAAUUACAAAAGAUAAAUUGGAGGAAGAGGAUAAUUUUGAAGAUUUUAUUACACCAAAAACUGAAUUCCAUACCAAAGCUGUUGCUGAUUUAAAUGUUGCUAAAUUAAAAGCUGGUGAUGUUAUUCAAUUUGAAAGAAAAGGGUACUAUAGAGUUGAUGUUCCAUAUGAAGAAGGUAAACCUGUUGUUUUAUUCACUAUCCCAGAUGGUAAAACUGUAUCUAAAUACGGUUCUAAGAAGUAA